AAUCAUCAACCACUUCCCGUUUCGUUUUCAAGGUUGACAGUGUUAGGUUUUUGUUUGUUUUUUAUUCAUCCUUUAUUUAGAUUCUAGUUUCAUGUCUUGAAACUCAUGUUUGCAACCCUGUCACAAUAAAGUUUAUAUCUAUAAUCGAAUCUUGAAAGAUUCUUAAAUGGCCUUAAGCAUUCACCAACAAAUUUGUAGAUCUUUUUCGCAAAGGGUAGGAACUUCAACUUGUCAGUCUUGUCAAUUUAGCACAUCACAAACACUUCAUGAAGUUCGUAAAUUAAUGAGAAUGAGAAUUGUUGACAACAGUGCUAUAGGGAAGGCUGCCGCUCAAAUCGGGAAACCUCCAAAAGUCAUUCAUGUUUACAAUAAACGACAGGUUGGUUUCCUAGGAGAUAAAGUACUGGUAACAGUUAAAGGAGAAAUGAAAAAAGCGUACAUAGUUGGCUUACGGCAAAAACAGCUUCCUAAUGUUCCCAGGAUGGACACUAACAAUAUAGUUUUAGUAGAUGAUAAAGGAGAUCCUUUGGGUACUAGGGUGAUGGUGCCUAUCCCUUCAGCUCUUCGAGGAAAAGGUGGUGACUUGACUAAAAUUUUAUCAUUGGCCACUAAAUUUGUGUAAUAAAUGAAAUAUUUUAUUUUUC